GCUACUUCCACACCUGCCGAUGCAAAACAAGAAAGUAGAGAUGAGGAAGAUGCAUAUAAAAAGCCAGAGCUGCCAUCCGAGAAUAUACACGAGGCAAAUGAUGUUGCUCGUUUAGAAACACCAGGCAAUGGCGAUGUCGCUGAGCUUCUCCAGUCCCCGUGGCAGCAACCUCCGGGAGAAUUAUUUGGUACUCCAAUCCAAAAUGUCGAAGUCGAGGGAUCUGCUCCAGUCUCUGAGAUGCCAGGGAAAGACGUAGGAAGAACACACGAGUUAGUCGGAAAUCACGCUGUACCUUUAGAUUUAGACGAGAGUGACUUAUCUCGCUAGAAAACCUGAUAAACUACACGUCUGCGGCGUGGAGCGUGUUGUGGUAAUCUGUGGACUCUCUGUAUCAUGCUUGGAGGGUCACGCAUUGGGGUGUUGCAUACCGCAGGCUAAGCUACACUUUGUUCUCGACCAAGAUUGUGCUUUUUCUUGCCGCAAUAAAGAAUUGGCGAUACGCCACCAUCAACACACCUCGAUAUAGCUCCUCGUAUAUGUGUGCUUACUUAUCCCCUCAAACCGGAAGGUGGAGGCGGACGAGGCUGAAAAGAAACAAAACAAGAUCCAAGCUCGUCGCCCAUCCUUCUACGUCGACACACCGACAAUUUCCAAUAAUGCUAGAGUCUCCAACAAAAGCACAAAGCAGACUUUUUUGUGGAAUGUUUUCCGCACCUUCGACCCAUCUACAGCAUCUUCGCAAGUCUAUGCUGCCAUUCCUCCUCCUCGUACCGCGCAUCUUCGCACAAUCGUCAGGCUGCACAGGCACCUUCUCAACCUUCGAACGCGAUGGCUACACAAUCUCCUUCAGAAAUCUUUGCGGCAAAGAUAUUUCAGCUCCGGUUGACUUCCCGAACCCAUACUUCGCGUCUACCUGGUCGACCUGUCUUGAGCUCUGCGUGAACAAACAACCUCUGUGCUAUGGCUUCGAUUACGGGGUGCCGGUAGACAGCGCGUUGGCCAACUGCUGGCUAAUGCAAUCGGAAUUCCCUGAGUCCUCGGCUAUCGAAAAUACAAACUCUGUAAACGCAGCUAUGCUUACCCCCGACAUGCUUGCUAGACUUCCUGCGGAUUGCACAAGUCUCGGUUUGGCGCAAUGCUUCAGAGAGAUGAAGUCGACGUCUUCGAGUACUACGCCGUCCUCAUCCUCGACUUUGUCGACUUCUGUGGGCACGCCUAUGACAGUCACUACGACUGUUGCUUCUACCGGAACGACGAAUACAAGUCCUGCGCCACCCCCGCCAGUCUCACCAAAAAGUGGUCUAUCCACGGGCGCAAAAGCAGGAAUCGGCGGUGGAAUUGGAGGUGCUGCGGUGCUGGGGAUAAUUGCUGCCGGGGGGAUAUUUGGUCUUCGACGCCGUCGAAAGCGUGCCAUUGUGCCGGAAACUGCGCAUACCGGCGGUGCCGCUGCAGAUGCAAAUGCAGCCGAGGAAAAAAUAGUAGACGAAGACGCGAAAUGGCGAUAUCGCUCGGAGCUGCCUGCGAAUGAGGGUCUGCAUCAGCAUCGAAGUGUGGAAUUAGAUGGAAGGGGUAUAUCGAAUGGUACUCAUUAG